AGCCGGUUUGUUUACAUCGUUUCUGCCAAUCGAAUGGCACGUUGCCGCAUUCCGGUGUGAGUAAAAAGCUGGCAGACCGAAAACACUAGAACGCAAGAUUGUAUUCCCUCAUCCAAAUGGAUUACGAAGCAUUCGAAGCGGCUCACAAGCCACAGCUGCAAUCGUCCGGUGUGCCGGAACAUCUAUGGCCAGAGCUGUACCGCAAGCUGUCAGACCAGGUGUUCGAUGCCGGGCUUUCCUUUUCGCUGCUUGCGGUAGAUUAUGGCGAGGAACCUCGAUCGCCCGAAGAUCCCGUGUGGACGCUGCAAGUGUCCAAAGAAGGUGGAUUGAAGGCGAACGAUCCGACGGAAAUCUAUCUUAUCGAUCAUGCGUGGACAUUUCGUACGGACAAUGCACGCCAGUUGCUAAACGCCCAUCCGGAGCUAGUGAGCCGUCUGGCUGUGAUGAUGGGCCUCCAGCAAGACGAUGAUGUCCCACCGAACGCCUACAUCCCGCGCAUCCUGCAGGACAUGUGGCGCUGGUGCAAUACCUACUCGCUGAACGCGGACGGACUGUCGGUCGAAAACCGGAUGCCAAUCUGGUACGUGAUGGACGAGGUGGGAAGUGCGAUACUGCACGGCGACUCUCCCAACUGCCGGGUCGUUCCGUUCAUACACAUCGCGGAAGGAGUCACGUACAGUUUGCUAUUCCCCACGGAGGACAUCGAGGAGGGUGAAAAUCUGUACCGAGAUUUUGUCGAAAGUGUGCCAACCGGUUCGCGGGAACGGGAUGCUCUCCUGCUUCCGUGGCGUUACGAUUCGUUCGUGAAGGAAGAUUUCACCCAGGUGGAACCACCGAAGGAGUACUUUUUGGCCGGACACAUCGAAGAGUCCCUCCCGGAUCCGGACGUGCCUCCACCGCUGAUCGAUGGAAACAGACCGCUGAAGGUGUACUCGCAGUACGAUCUGGUCAACCAAUACCUGACGGAUGCGGCCUAUGAAAUCGUAACCGAUCCGGCCGACGCCGACAUUCUCUGGAUGACGAGCCAUUUCAAGGAGUUCCGCGAGCUGAGCGAAAGCAAUCCCAACCAGUUCGUCAAUCAGUUCCCCUUCGAGAACGUAAUGACGAUCAAGGAUCUGCUGAGCAUCGUUUGCCGUCGAAUGGCGAAGGAGCUACCGUCGACCGGUGGCGAAGAACCAUCGCUAGCGCCCAACCCACGCUGGCUUCCGGUAACGUACAAUCUGAAGACGGAGUUGGUACCCUUCGUAGCCUACUACCAGAAUCGGGCCCAACGCGGCAUGGACAACCAUUGGAUAGUGAAGCCCUGGAAUUUGGCCCGCACGCUCGAUACGCACAUUACGGACAAUCUGACGCAAAUCAUGCGACUGCAGCAAACGGGACCGAAGAUUGCGCAAAAGUACAUCGAACAUCCGGUCCUUUUCGAGCGGUCCGAGCUCGAGGCAAGCGUCAAGUUCGACGUCCGGUACGUGCUGCUGGUGAAAAGCGUGGACGAGCUGUGCGCUUACGUGUACACGAACUUCUUCCUGCGCUUUGCCAACAAACCCUUCCAGCUGGACGAUUUCGACGAUUACGAGAAACACUUUACCGUCAUGAACUAUGGGCAGUUUCAGCUGCGGCACAUGAAGUGCGAUGAGUUUGUGCAAUGCUGGCGCGCACAGUACCCGAACCAUCCCUGGGACCAGAUCGAGACGGACAUUUGUGAGAUGCUGAAGGAGAUGCUGCAGGGUGCGACGCGAUUAGGACCGCCGUGCGGUAUUGGCGCCAGUAGCCAAUCGCGUGGACUUUACGCGGUCGAUUUGAUGCUCGAGUGGACGGAAGCGGGCAGCAGAAUACAGCCGAAGCUGUUGGAGGUGAACUUUACCCCUGAUUGUCAGCGAGCCUGCGAGUACUAUCCGGACUUUUACAACGAUGUGUUCAACUUGCUGUUUUUGGAUCAGGAAAAUUUGGACGUGUUCCGGCGCAUUGUAUAGGACACCAGCAGACGACGGUGGAAAAUGAAAUAAAGUGGACCAGUGUCAUAUGUUGAAAACAAAAAA